AUGCCUUUGGAUCAGCCUGAUGCCGGCGAAAUUCAUCUCGAGACCCCGGACGUGGAUGCCACUGCGCAGAACUCUAAUCUGACGCUCAGCUCUCACUCAAGUUCCAUUGACACUCAUAACGGGCGUAUCGAGCUGGGUGGAAGCCAAAAAGAUCUUCGACCAGACGAAGAUCCUCCAGUCGAAUCCAAGGUUGAUGUCGAGCAGGCAGAGAAAAGUUUUGCCGACUUGCGGCGUCAGCUCACACAAGCUUCUUCCGCACAUUUAUCAGUCCAGGGAAAAGCGAAAGAUCUGGAGAAGCAAGCCGGUCAUGUGGCAUUUGACCUGUUGGAAUAUCUCCGGCCACCUUCCCAGACUCAAGAUGGAAAUAGCGUGCAUCCCAAAACAUUAGGUGUCGUCUUUGAAAACCUCGGGGUCCUCGGCGCCGGGGGAAUGAAACUUCCAAUUAGGACUUUUCCAGAUGCCCUUAUGGGCCUUUUCAUGGCUCCGGUCGUAGCGGUUAUGAUGAGAUUGAAAAGCUUUCCACCAAAACAGAUUCUCCAUCCGAUGAGCGGUUUCCUGAAACCCGGAGAGAUGUGUUUAGUCUUGGGGCGGCCCAAUAGUGGAUGCUCGACGUUUUUGAAGGCGAUCGCUAAUCAAAGAAUCGGUUUCAUCCGGGUUGAUGGAGAUGUCACUUACGGCGGUCUACCUGCUGGCGUAAUGGCAAAACAGUUCAAGGGAGAGGUAGUCUAUAAUCCGGAGGAUGAUAUACACCUCCCCACGCUAACUGUGGCACAGACACUUAAGUUCGCUCUAUCCACGAAAGCUCCAGCACGUCUCUUACCCCACAUAAGCAAGGAUGCAUUCAUUGAGAAAGUCAUGGAUAUCUUUCUUCAGAUGCUAGGAAUCAGUCAUACCAAAAACACCAUGGUCGGAGACGCGCACGUGCGAGGGGUUUCUGGAGGUGAGCGCAAGCGCGUUUCGAUAGCCGAAAUGAUGGCCACACGUGCAUGCGUAUUGUCAUGGGAUAAUUCCACACGGGGGCUUGAUGCGUCGACUGCCCUGGAAUAUGCAAAAUCUCUUCGAAUUCUAGCAAAUCUAUUUUCUGCCACAAUAUUUGUUACCUUGUACCAAGCUGGUGAAGGCAUCUACGAACAAUUCGACAAAGUUCUGCUACUUAACGAGGGAAGAAUGGCUUAUUUCGGUCCAGCUAAAGAAGCACGCCCCUACUUGAUCGGUCUCGGCUACAAGAAUUUACCUCGACAAACCACAGCAGAUUAUCUCACUGGCUGCACAGACCCGAAUGAGCGACAGUUUCAGGAUGGAAUCGAUACUCAAAAGAUCCCUCAAUCACCCGAAGAAAUGAACCUGGCUUACCUCAGCAGCAGUAUUUAUCAAAGGAUUGAACAAGAAAGAGUUGAUUAUAAAAAAUAUCUAGCACAAGAGCUGCGGCACCAAAAUGAUUUCAAGGAGGCCGUUAAGCAAGACCAGGGGAAAGGUGUUCGAAAGAAGUCACCCUACACAGUUAACCUAAUAACCCAGCUACAAGCCUUGAUCGUUCGUGAUAUCCAGCUCACUCUGCAAGAUAGGAAAAGUCUUGUCUUUGAAUGGGCGACUGCGAUAUUACUAGCUAUCGUGAUCGGUAGCGUUUUUUUGAAUCAACCGAUGACGACUGCUGGCGCCUUUACCAGGGGGGGAGUGAUUUUUAUGGGACUUUUAUUCAAUGUCUUUAUGUCUUUCUCAGAACUUCCCAAACAAAUGUUAGGGCGGCCUAUCAUGUGGCGGCAAACCUCUUUUUGCUUUUAUCGUCCUGGAGCACGUGCGUUGGCCGGUGCUAUAGCGGAGAUCCCAUUUUCAUUACCGAAGGUCUUCGUUUUUUCGUUCAUUCUUUACCUGAUGACCAACUUGACUCGUACUGCUUCAGCCUUCUUUACUUACUGCUUGAUCGUUUACAUGGGUUACUACACGCUCAGCUGUUUUUUCAAAGUUUUGGGAGCGAUCUCUUUCAGCUUCGACACGGCUUCAAGAUUGGCCAGCUCUUUGGUCAUACUAAUGACAAUCUAUAGUGGAUACAUGAUUCCAAGACGCUCUAUGAAGGAUUGGCUUAUUUGGAUUUAUUAUAUGAACCCAGUCAAUUACGCAUUUUCAGCAUUGAUGGGAAAUGAGUUUGGCCGAAUUAGUUUAGCUUGCACAGGCGAUUCAAUUGCCCCGCGUGGUCCGGGCUAUCCAGCAGGCAUUGGUGCGAAUCAAGCAUGCACUGUCCUGGGUUCGAGGCCUGGAAGCCCAAUCGUUAUCGGUGAAGAUUACAUCCGGAGCAAUUUCUCAUAUUCUGAAUCGCAUGUUUGGAGAAAUUUUGUUAUUGUGUGCGCCUUCGCUGCUCUUUUCCUCAUCCUUCUCUUCAUCGCAGUCGAAACUUUGGCGCUUGGGUCUGGAAGUCCAGCCAUCAAUGUAUUCGCACAAGAGAACGAAGAACGCAAGAAGCUGAACGCAAAACUACAAGAACGAAAGCAAGAUUUUCGUUCUGGAAAGGCCACGCAAGACUUGUCAGGUUUGAUACAGACUCGCAAGCCCUUCACAUGGGAAGACUUGUCCUACAGCGUUUCCGUUCCUGGUGGCCAAAAGAAAUUGCUCACCAACAUUUACGGAUAUGUCAAGCCGGGAACUCUGACCGCCUUGAUGGGAUCCUCCGGAGCCGGCAAAACCACCUUACUAGAUGUAUUGGCAGAUCGCAAAACGACAGGUGUCAUUAGCGGUGAGAUUUGCAUAGCUGGCCAAAAGCCCGGUGCAGACUUUCAGAGAGGAACUGCGUAUUGUGAGCAGCAAGAUGUUCAUGAGUGGACGGCCACCGUGCGUGAAGCCAUGCGAUUUUCGGCGUAUCUUCGUCAACCUGCAGAGGUAUCAAUUGAAGAAAAAAACAAAUACGUCGAAGAGAUGAUUCAACUUCUCGAGCUCGAGGAUCUCGCUGAUGCCAUGAUUGGAUUUCCCGGGUUUGGCCUUGGAGUGGAAGCCCGAAAAAGACUGACCAUUGGUGUUGAGCUGGCGGCCAAACCACAGCUACUUUUGUUUCUGGACGAGCCUACGUCUGGUCUUGAUGGGCAAAGUGCCUACAAUAUUGUCCGUUUUCUACGCAAGUUGGCUACCGCGGGCCAGGCUAUCCUGUGUACAAUCCACCAGCCAAACGCCCUGCUAUUUGAAAAUUUCGAUCGUUUACUUUUGCUCAAAAAGGGUGGUCGAUGCGUUUACUUUGGUGAUAUCGGACGUGAUUCACACGUUAUCCGGUCCUAUUUCGAGAAAAACGGAGCGAAAUGUCCAGAAGAUGGCAAUCCUGCGGAGUUUAUGCUUGAGGCUAUUGGCGCUGGGACGUCUGCUCAACACGGCGGUACGAAAGAUUGGGCAGAUCGCUGGGUGGAAUCCCUCGAACAUGCUGAGAAUAUGCGUGAAAUAAAACGUCUGAAGGAAGAGUCGCUGAAAGAACAAACUCAUCAAGGGCCCUCCCUCAAAGAAAUGAAAUAUGCUACCUCAUUCGCCUAUCAAUUAAAAACUGUUGUCGACCGGACUAAUUUGAGCUUCUAUCGCAAUGCAGAUUAUGAAGUCACGCGGGUAUUUAAUCACGUCGCCAUAGCCCUCAUUACAGGCCUUACGUUUUUACGCCUAUCCGACGGAGUGGGAGAUCUUCAGAAUCGCAUCUUUGCCGCUUUCCAAGUGGUCAUUUUGAUUCCCCUGAUCACGGCUCAAGUGGAGCCCACGUUCAUAAUGGCUCGGGAUAUAUAUCUGAGAGAAUCUUCGUCUAAAAUGUAUACGCCUGUGGCGUUCGGGGUUGCCCAGUUUUUGGCUGAAAUGCCAUACUCUUUGGUGUGCGCGAUCGUCUUCUACAUUCUAUGGUACUUUCUUGUGGGAUUUCAAAGCGAUAGUGAUCGAGCAGGUUACGCAUUUCUCAUGGUCGUCGCACUCGAGACAUAUGCAGUAACUUUGGGGCAAGCUAUCGCUGCUCUAUCUCCGAGCAUGUUUAUCGCCGCCAAAGCCAAUCCCCCCGUGAUCGUCAUAUUGACCUUGUUUUGCGGCGUCACUGUGCCGAAGGCUCGACUGCCUGGUUUCUGGAGAGUAUGGUUGUAUGAAUUAAACCCCAUCACCCGAUUCAUCUCAGGAACGAUUUCCAACGAGAUGCACGACUUGCCCAUUAUCUGUAGCUCCGAAGAAUACACGACUUUCCAACCGCCCAGUGGUCAGACUUGCGCACAAUGGGCGGGCCCAUUUGUAAAUUCUUUUGGUGGAUACUUACUCGACGAUACAGUCCGAUCCGAUUGCAAGUACUGUCAAUUCUCCAAUGGAAAUGAAUAUUUGAGGAUUAAUGACAUGAGAUUUGAAGACCGAUGGAGGGAUUUUGGAAUCUUCGUGGUUUAUAUUGCUGCCAACCUGGUGGUGAUCGUCUUAGGCUCCCGCUUUCUGACCCACAUCUAUGCCAAGCGAUAA